CAGCAGAGAGAAGACAGCUGCCGAAGAGAGGGAGGGAAACUUUCCAUGUUCUGAGGGCCUGUUGGAAUCUGGAGCUGCUGACGUUGCUGCACCAAAACUGUACUUCACUGUGCGGAGGCACGCUGUUUACCCAGUGCACAACUUCUACUUGAGACAUGGAGGGUUUGACAGCCAUCAUUUUAGUGCUUCACCUGUCUGUUACGGUGGCAGCCAGUGUUCCACAGCUCCGACGCCACAAGAGGGACUGGGUAAUCCCAACAAAAAAUCUUAAAGAGAACUUUGACUACACUACAGCAGGUUAUGUUGCCAAGAUCAGAUCAGACGAGGGUGAUGGGGGGAUCCUGUACUACUCUCUGCUGGGUCCCGGGGCCAGCGAAGUACCACUGAACCUUUUUGUUGUGCAAGAGACCACUGGACUGGUGUUUAUCCGAGGAUCACUGGACCGAGAGGAGAGAGAAACUUACAUUCUAUCAGGAGUGGCCAGAUCUAAUGAUGGCAGAGUGGUUGAAUCCGGAAUAAACCUUAGGUUUGAUGUGGAUGAUGAGAAUGAUAAUACACCUGUUUUUGUUCCUGUACCUCCAGCUACAGUCAAUGAAUCAAGUCCAGCAGGGACUCUUGUCGGGGUGAUUACAGCCACUGACGCAGACCAGGCCAACAGUUCCCAUUCAAAGAUUACCUACAGCAUCAAGAAGCAGGAGCCCUCUGAUGGCACAGACCUCUUCUACAUAGACAGAAACACCGGAUCCAUCUACGUUAAAGAAAACACCUUAGACAGAGAGAUACAAAGCUCCUACAUCUUAACAGUUACAGGAAGUGAUAUGGAUGGAGCUCUUGGAGCUAACACAGGCACUGGGACUAUUCAUGUCCACGUAGUGGACAUCAAUGAUAACAGACCCAUGCUGGACAAAGACGAGUAUGAAGGUGCCAUUGUGGAGAACACAGCCAAGGUGGAGGUGAUGAGGUUCACAGUGCUGGAUGCUGACGAGGAGAAAACGGACAACUGGCUGGCUGUUUUCGAUAUCGUCACUGGAAAUGAAGAUGGGAUAUUCAGCAUAAAGACUGAUCCCAAAACCAACGAAGGUGUUCUGAUGCUUGAAAAGCCUGUUGAUUUUGAGGAGAAUCCUGAUAUCAAGCUGGGAUUGUUGGUAUCCAAUGUGGCCCCAGCUGUGGGACAGGGAGGUGGUGAUAGCAGUGGAGGAGGAGGAGGAGGAGGAGGAGGAGGAGGAGAAGGGGAAGGAGAAGGAGAUGGAGAUGGAGAUGGAGAUGGAGCUGGAAACGGAGGUGUAGAUGUUGGACUUGGAACUGGGGCUGCAGCUGGGGCUAGCAUGGGGGGUGGGGGUGGGGCUGGGGCUGGGGCCGGCGCUGGCAUGGGGGCUGGGGCUGGGGCCGGGGCUGGGGCUGGUAGUGCUGGAGCUGGUGGUAAAAAGCCAGUGAAGAAAAAGAGGCCAAAAAAAGGCAAAAUUUACCAAGUGAACAUUGCAGUGCUGAAUGAGCCUGAGGGGGUUAACUUUAAACCCUCAGUGAAGCCUGUCUUUGUUUCGGAGAACCCAGAUGACAAUCCUCUAAUGGAGGUGAUUGCUGUCUUCAGAGCCACUGAAACUGACACUGGAAAACCUGCAGAAAAUGUUCGAUAUGCUAAAGGUUAUGAUCCUGACAACUGGCUGUUGAUCGACCCAGAAACAGCUGAGAUUAGACUUCAGAAGUACCCAGACAGAGAAUCCCCGUUCUUGAUUAAUGGAACUUACUACGCUAAAAUACUAAGUUUGACUGAAGAAACACCACCUAAGAUGAUCACAGGAACAAUAGCGUUGCAGGUGGGAGAUGUAAAUGACAACUGCCCCUCACUGACCAAUGAUGUGGAGUACAUCUGCUCAGACACUGAAGUCAUUAACGUGACAGCGGUGGAUGAGGAUGGAGACCCAAACUCAGCCCCUUUCAGCUUCAGCCUUGUGUCAGAGGAGACCCAAGGGGAGUGGAGGGUUGAACCUUCAAAUGAUACCGGCGUAUCCCUUAAGGCUCUGAGACCACUGUGGCCUGGUCACUACAAGGUUGCCUUCAUCAUCCAGGAUCAGCAGGGCCUCGCAUGCCCAGACCCCCAGUACCUGGACCUACAUGUGUGCUCCUGUGAGGAAGGAGAGACUUGCAGAGCACCACGUUUACACGGUCAAAGAGCUUCUCUCAAGGAAUCUUCCUCUACAUUUGGAGGAUUGGGAGUGGGGGCAUUGAUCUUGGGACUUCUGACACUGCUUAUCGUAGGGGUCUUUCUGAUGACCUGCUCCUGCGGAGGAGUGUCAGGGACCUUCACUGAACUUCCUUUUGAUACCAGAGAACACCUCAUUGUCUACCACACAGAGGGCCGGGGAGAGGACAAGAGUGUCCCUCUGCUUAGCUCUCCUGUCCAGAUGACACGUGCCACCACAUCUGCUGUACAGGCCAUCAACAUAGCUUCCAUGACCAAAGUGGACACAACAACUUCCUUCAAAAGUCUGAACAUGGACACUGCCAACAACCGCUGGCAACACAAGUCCCAGUGUGUGGCCGAGGGCAGGAUGCAGCAGAGCAGCUUUAGAAAAUCCAGGGGGAUCUGCAAAGAGGCGUACUCAAAACAGGAACAGCUGUUACUGUAUAAAGACAUGGAUGGCAUCGCCCUCUCUGAUGUGUUUCUGCAUGAGUUCUACUCACAGAAGGCGAGCUGUGCAGCAGCAAGGCAGGCAACAAGGGACAAUCUGUUGGAGUAUGACUAUGAGGGUCAGGGCUCCCCUGCUGGCUCAGUGGGCUGCUGCAGCAUCCUGGAGUCUGACAACGACCUGCAGUUCCUUGAUGACCUCGGGCUGAAGUUCAAGACCCUGGCUGAGAUCUGUUCGCCGCCGAGACCUCCAACACCUCCAACACCUCUGAGUGUUUGUCAAAGUAUUGUCACUCCAGAGGUGGAUGACCACAUUGCAAGGCUCUCAUUGGACACUAAACCACCAGGCAUCCAUGGCAUGAGCCCAGAGCCAAACCAGAAUGUCAGCAUCAGCCAGUCAUCCACCAGAGUCAUUAAUGGAUUUAAUGGAGCAGCUUGCAGCAGCAUGCAUGUGCAGUCUGCAGACAGCACCAGUAACAAGGCUCUUUCAUCUCAUGUUAGUCCUGUUACCACAGCCAUGCAGCCCUCUCCUGGACAAAUGCUUGUACUACAGCAACAGCAGCCUGUCUACUACACCACCACCCCUGUGCUCCAGCCGAUGCACUAUGUAGUCCAGCCACAGCUUCAGAGCAAUGUGCUGCUGGCUGAAGCUCCUGUUACCAACCUGCAGGGCAUGAUUCUGCUCAACGGGACGCCUCAACACACUAAGCACAUCCUGCAUGGGGGAAACACCGCCAGGACUUUAACUCUCGGUAGGCAAAGAGGCCAGAGAGUGGUCAAGGAGACCCAGGGAGCAGGGAUAUGGGUUAGGUCUGACGGUGCAGGAGAGGUGAUGGGUGUCAGGAGGAGUGGUCGCAGGAUUAAGUCAGAGGGCGGAGAUAUGGCGGAGCAUCGUAGCAUAGGGACGCUGGUAGGUGGACACAUGAGUGUGGAAGCAGCAGGGUCUGAAGAGGGGCAGUUAGUGAAAGCCAGAGGAAACAAGACCAGAAGAAGGUCAACAACGUCAGCAGAGACAGGUUUCAUUUAAUAGAAUUCAUUCAGAAAACACAGAACCAGCAGACCAAAUACCUUCUCAUAUAAAAAUCAAAAGAUUCCUUUAUCUAACUUGUGUACUGACAACGGAAAGCUGUGCAUUUAAUUACCGUCAAUUAUUACCUGCUACUUAAAAACAUGUGAACCUCCUGAGCACUGUUUUCCCAUUAUUUUCUUAUUUCAUCAGUAUUUUUUUAUAUGAAAUAACAAGUGCAUGUUUAUCAAUCCCAUAUUCUUUUUUUUGUUGUUGAGAAAAUCAAUUGCGUAGUCAAAAGACUAAAUUAUUUUGUAAAAAUCGUUUGUGAACCCUGAUUUUUUGUUUAAAACAAGCAGGUAAAUACAAACAGGAGGCACAACAUUGUUGGCUAAAUGAACUAAUGAAAUGAGCGACCUUUAGAGCGGUAGUUUAGUAAUCCACGGUAGUACUGUUGUGUAGGAAGCGUGACGUUUUGGCACCGCGAGUACCAUGCAAUGUUUCAAUCACAGCCCUACGUUGUAUACGCCUCCCUGUAAUUCACUCACUCAUUAGGCUACUCUGCUCAGGCCGUGACGAGCAGAGACAACCAUGUUGCUGCUGAUCAGUGUGCUAGCAGCAGCAGGGCAUUAUAAUUCAUUACUUGUGUUGUUGUUGUUGUUAUUGUGAAUGUACGGCAGGCUGUAGCCAACGAUAUAUAGCGCAAUUCAUUACUUAUGGGAAACGUUUCAAGAGCAACAGGCUACCUCCAAGCAGCACAGCACAGGGAGAAGUGGGUGUAAUGCGGAAGACGUAGCCAGUCAAACCAACCAAUAGAAACUCUUCUCUCGUCCACCAGCGUAGGCCCCGCCCAUCAAGUGCAGUUGAAUUCGCAAGCAAAACUUUUGAAUUUGCAAGCAAAGAGGACUGAUUUAUAAGCAAAAUGGUCGUAUGUUUUUACUUACAAACAUUAGUUUUGAUUGAAGUUGAAGAAAUAUGUUCUCUCAUAUUUUUUUUUCAAUUGCAACCUGUUCUGUUUUGAUCUCAAAAAAAUGUUUUUGAUUGCCACUUACUCUUUUUUGCUCUCAAAUCUCGUUUUUGGUUUCAAAUCUAUUCUAUUUGAUUGAAUAAUAAAGGAACAAAAUUCUCUCCAUAUCUGUCCUCCUGUCUGUCCUCCCGCCUGUCCUACCGACUCUUCCGUUACAUUUUUGCCCGAAAAACAGCGUCUGUCACCGGCGAAAAACUUGCGGAGUGUUAAAACAUUCUCCGCCUUGCAAGUGAGGGAGUCAGUUUACUGCUGGUGAUUAUUAUGUAAUAAUUGUGUAAUUUAGAGUGAAAAACGUAACUAUGUCACUUUCCAGGAUGUUUGGUGGGUCAGGAUCUCAAUCACUACACAUUAUAACAGCAUCCAUAUGAUUAUAAAGUGUCAGCGGGUUUAGAUUGACGGGGGAGACAACUGGGAAACACCUUCAACACGAGCUCUGCAGUGAUUGGCUCUGCUGCGCACGUGGCUACGGUGGCUGUAGUUGACAAUACUAGCGGAAUUCGUAAAUAAUUUAUGAAAUAAUAAUUUAUUAACGGUCUCUUUAUAGUCCAAACAAAGCCGAUGUUACACACCCUCAAACCACACAGCAGCCAUGUUGAAACUCUCAGGUCAGUCUGAUCCUGAUCUGCAGAGAUAUUUGAGCCACACACACACACACACACACAGACAGAGAUUCCUUGCUUUAUAGAUAGAUAGAUGAGCGGCAGGUGUACGGAGGCGGUACAUAAAGAGACUGGAGAUGGAAGGCAUGGCAGAGACGGACAGAACGGGUGAACAGAACGGGUCGACACCUCCUGGGACAGCAGCAGCAGCUACAAGUACAGAGCAGCCCCCGGACGACGAGCGGCAGUGAACCAGCGCUCCUCAGAGAGAAAACGCCAGAGAAUGCCAGGGAGGCGCAGCCGGAAGGGACGCCGUAGCACGCCAAGAGGACCGACGGAGGAGGCCCAGACACUGGUGCAAAGCAGGCGGAUCAAAGGUUGCUGGCGACUGUGGACUGUGCACGAGGGGAUGCAGUAUAGUAUGGACAAUUAUGGACAUUAAUUUUUAGUAUUGUUUUAGGUGGCACCAUCUUUUUAUUAUAAUAAACCCUUUUAAAUGAC